AGCGCAUGAAGCAACUUGAACAAGAAAGGGACAUCUUCCUGCAGGGCUUGGAAGCUCUGGAGCUGGCAAGGGAUUGGUAUAGACAACAGCUAGCUAGCAUCAGAGACAGGCAGGAGAGAAUCAACAAAGCACAAAUUGAUUUCACAGAGGACAUUGAUCACCAGGACAUGAUCGUAUACAGGACGACACGAAUCACAGAUCUUAACAGGCAACUCAGGGCACUCAUAGCUACCCCAGAAAAGGGUUUUCCUAACCACAUGAACCUUGCUAUUAACCAGUAUGGGAAGCCUACCGGUAUCCAGCAGGGCGACAUCAUCGCACCCCUCUUAGUUGGUAAACUCAAGCAACAGAACAAACAAUUAACAGACGAGGUGUCUUCAAAGAGCGACCGGAUUUCCAAGCUGGAGCAAGAAAAGGCUGCCCUCAUAAGGCAGCUGUUUGAGGCGAGGGGUCGAAACACCAACAGGGACCUUCCUGAUAAUACAACAUUCCUCUGAGGACCAAGGGAUAGGACUGAUAUGAACUAUUAACACGAUAGGCAUCAACUUCAUUGAUAUAUCAAAUGCAUAUUUGCAUCCAUAAAGAGUAAUGAAGAGUGAAAGUAGCACCAAGUCUUUACCAUGGAAUCGGAUUCUGGGCAGAUUCAGGUAGCUGCAUGCCUUUGACAGUGAUGGUAGCGAACAAUGCAGCUCUACUUCUCAGAUUGAUGCCUCGUGUGAGGAUUCCUGAUUUGGAACCAACAGUGUGCCCUAGCAAAAGUCUGUGGCGUGUCUUUGAUACUGUAUUCGACAAUAACAGAAACGUUACCUCUGUAAAAUUUCCUUCUUUUGCUGCUUUAAGUAGAUAAAGAGAACAAGUUUUGCAUUAGCCAUUACCUACAUGGCACCAGGAAAAUACCCCUUGGAAUCACUCUCUCAAGAUACCUUCACUCCGAAUGUGUUCUUGAUCCUGGCCCGGUAGUACAGUCCAGUGGAAAUAAUUCUUUAUGUGUGUGUAUACAAUUCCAAAGAGACGGCUCACACCAACCAUGAAUAACUAUGUCUCAUGAGCAAAAUGAUGAUAGGGACACUUCUUUUGCGGUUGUUCUCCGAAUGAUUCAAUACAUUCUUGGAAAUGGUUUCCAGACUGUAGUAGGUAUGUGCUAUGUAGGUACCUGUUAACCAUCACAGCCCCACAAACAUCUCUAUCUGUUUAGGGUAACUUGUAAUUGGUGAUUAUUUCAGUUGAUGCUGUUAGAUUUUUUUUUUAAAUUAUUGCCACAACUGUUUUUCUUUAAAAGAUGAACAUGACAAAUUUGAUGAAGUCAUUCUUAGGUGCUGAAGCACACAUGAGUUAUAAGUGAUCUCAUUACUGACUGCUGGAGAUGAAUUGUAUGCCACACGCAACUGGGAAUUUGAAGUGCAAGUGAAUCUAAUGUGCACCCAAUUUCAUCUAAUGUUCACUGUGGAUAUUUUGUGGAGUAGACAGCAUGCAUUGAAUUAUUUUCACAGUCAUGUAAGAAUGUUAUCUUUGGUUAAGAUAAGAGGAAUAACUUGUCAGUUUUGUUGUUUAAGUAAGUCACCUUUGUUCCAAGGGAAGAAUAUCAAUACAGUUCAUGUAGGAACUUACGUUUUUGGUCACUACUUUAUAGAAUUUUUGUAAUUGGAAAGAUUUGAUUAUCAAUAUGAAGCAAGAAUUUGUUUGUCAUAUAGCGUACCCUUCUUAUCGUGUAUAUAAAACUAUUUAUUAUGGGAUAUAUUUUUAGCAAAGUGUAUAUAUGUACAAGAAGCAGGGAUGGAAAUGCAUAGUCAUUUUUAAAAAGAUAUUGAACUUUUAAAAGAUAUUUUACACAUUUUGCAAGCAUUGUAAUAGACCACUUGGUUGUGUAAAUUUCUCUACUAUUUAUCCUCUCUCUUUUAGCUCGUUGAUAUUGUUUUCUUUAAUAUGAACUUAUUUAUGAUCAUGAUUACUCAAUGUUGGCAUCGUAGCUCAAAGCAUGUUUUAACUAAUAUUUGUCUUAUGUAAAUGUUAACUUCUUUCAGUACUUGAUGUAUGAGGAUAAUAUUGUAUUUAAAAAUAAAACCUUGAUUGUCUUGUACUAUUUAUUGUUAUUAGAAAUUAAGAAUCCCACAAUGGAAAUAGUCCCAUUUUUUUUGUUGCAUUCAUAUAUAAGUACAAAUUAAGUAAAAAUAUUUAAGCUAAAUCCGAAAAAAUACAUCUUAGUGGAGUUUAAAGGACUGUCUCUAAAGAGAAUAAAAAUAAUGGUUUAUAUGGUUUAUGACAAGUACAAUGCACAUUGCCAAUGCUGUAGAAUGUGUUUUUAGUACCUAGAUACUGUUUAGUUGCUUUUACAUGAAAAACAAUCAUUUCAUUAAUUGCAGUUAGUGAUCAUAAAAUAGACUUUUCAUUCCAUGCAUUGUUUAUUUCAUCAGCAGUAUUUAUUUGGCAUGGACAUAUCAGAUAAAAAUUUGGGAAAGACAACAGUUUUGAACUCCUGGGCCUAAUUUCACAAAGACUUACAACUAUUGUAACUCUGCCAUUAUGACAGCUACCAUGGUAACAGGGCUCAGUAGCCAAGAAAAAGUAAGGUUUACAUGGUAGUUACAACAGCUAAUUGUAAUUAUUUAUUAAAUAAGGCCCGACCUCAUUAAGUGCAGAGCUAAUGAGAAAGGACCCGUGACUCAUAGUUGUAAUAUUUUUAGAGUGAUAACUAGUGUAAAUUUCAUUAGUUUUCAGAAUGUUUUAUCAGCACUUGCUAGGUCAUCUCCCUUUUUCCUAAAUUUCUAUUGUUGUUGAAACCAGUUUGAUAGCAAUAAUAAUUGAAAGAUGAUUCUUUUAUUGAUUAAAAGCAUAUGAAAUAAUCAGUGCAAUCAAUCAUAGAAAUGAGUCCAAUGGUCAAUUGCCAAGCUUCAUGGUACUGGGCCCAAGUAUGAUUUUAUUGAUGAAGUAUAUUCUUUACUUUUCUGUAUGAAAUCAUGAUAAAAACUGUCUUUCGAAGCACACUUCAACAAUUUAUACUUUUUGAUGGUAUGAUUACUAUCGGGAAAAGUUGAUUGUUUUGCAGAGUUCAAUACCACACAACUUAUUGGUCUGGUAGUAUUUCCCAAAAUUCAAACUUUUGGUGUCAAUUUAAAACAUGGAAUAUUCCGUCCAAAGUUUUUGAUCAUUUGAGGCAACUUUGUUUGAAUUAGAUUAUGAGUAUUCCAAUAGGUAAACUCUGCUGUUCAUGUCACUUCAGGAUGACUCUUAUGACAUAACUCAUGGUCACUAGUAAAAUAACCCUUAAGUGCUGUAUGAUACAUCCCAUUGACAAGCUCCUUUAUAACUUUUCAUGUUUUUCUCGUUCUCGGUUGACCUCUCCCGAUUGAAACAAUGGGGACUUUACUCAAAAGGGACACUCUGGAUGUAUUUAUAGGUCAGUUUGUGUGGUUUCAACCAGUGUUAUUCUAGGAGAGAAUUAAUUGGUCACCAUAUCAGAUUUAAUGUGGACACUUCUCAACUCUGCAUGGUUUGAUACAAAUUUGAUACAAGAGUUGGCUGUAUUUCAAACAAAGUCCUGUUCUUAAAGGCUUGUUGUGUGCACAAUUUCGACAAUGAGUUUACUAUCAGCCAAUCAAAUUGAAGGAUUUCAGUAGCUUUUAACUGUUAAAUAUGAUAACAAGUUUUGUGAAAGAGGGCCCCAGAAGUGCGCUUGCAACAAUUAUCUUUACUUGUCAUUGAUUUCUUGAUUUGAUUGGCUGAGAAGCAUAGUUACUAUGGUAACUGUCGACAAGUCCUUUCAUGAAAUGCUCCUCAGAUGUAUGUAAAUUAUCACUCUAUCUGGAGGUCAUCAUGCAAAAUGAUAGGACUGAGCAUGGAGCUAUAAUAGCUCCAUGGAAUGAGAUACCAGCUGCCACUUAAACACAGCAGGUAUAGGAAGUAUUAGAUGCUGACACCCCUGGAAGAGCAACUCAAUUAUUCAUUAGCUUGGUUGACACAAUAAGCACCAAAACCUCAUCAAACAAAGACACUUAUCCUGUGAGGGCUCAGUCCACCAGGGUGCCAAUUACAUGACCUUUCUAUUCUUACCUCACAAUGCUAUUGAUCUGUACACUAGCAUGGUCACUAUCAUUAUUGGCUAUUGAUUGACCGGUCCAUUGUAAUGAGGGCUGAGGCCAUUAACAAUGCAUCUUGGUAAUGAGGAGGCUUUAAUGGUUAUGCUACAUUUACAUCAAUGAAAUUGACUCCAAUAUGGACUGAAAUUUUGUUAUUUUAAAUAGAUUUAGCUCUUUAUGCCUCUUGCUUGAAGAGGUUAGGUUGUUUGGUUUUGGUUUUCUGAUUUUGCUUAAGGUUGGUUGAAUGGUAUUGGUAUUUGCCCUGGGCCAAUCAUAUUCAAGGAUUUCAGUAGCUUGUAACAAAUAUUGAAAAUGUCUAUUUGUUUCAUGAACAAAUGUAUGAAAUUUUAUUUCUCAUGAUAUAUUUUAUUAGCAUGCUCUGAAACACAAGAGGGGGGGGGCACAA